AUGAUGGAAUCGAUGGAUUUUCAUAAAAUAAUGGCAUUCAUCUAUCUUCCAACUAUUCUGAUUGGAGUUCUUGGGAAUAUUCUGUCAUUAUACGCAUACAGCCGUCCGAACAGAAAAUCAAUGGUUGGAUUCUUGCUCUACUCUCUAUCAAUAUCUGAUAUUUUUCUUUUGGUCUUCGCUCUUCCACUUUUCAGUAUCAUGUAUCUACCCAUUUGGAGUGAUGAGCAGAAGAGUUUUGUGGUUGCCUACACAGCCAAAUACGUGUAUCCGUUGUGUAUGAUGGCAAAGACAUGCAGUCUUUAUAUUAUGGUUUUGAUUACAAUCGAACGGUGGAUUGCUGUUUGUAGACCGCUAGCAGUUCAAAUAUGGUGCAGAUACACGACAUCUUCGUACUCCAUUGCAGCCAUCAUCAUAUUUGCAGUUGUUUUGAACUUUGCUCGUUUCUUUGAAUUCGAAAUAGAAUAUAUCGAUGGAUUGGUUUAUUUCAAACGAGAAUUGUUGGAUUCGGACAAACAUUGGUGGUAUUUCAUGUUCUAUUUCAUUAUUAUUUCAAUAAUAUUCGACUACACGGUCCCAUUCGUCAUCAUGUUUGUUGCAAAUAUGUUGAUUAUUAGUGAAUUGAGGAGAACGAAGAAAGAAAGAAGUUUGAUGACAAUUCAACAACAAAAAGAACAAAAUACGACUGUUAUGUUACUAGUUGUCACUAUUUUCUUCGGUUUCUGCCAUUUCUUCUCAAUGGCUUUGAAGAUAGCCGAAAGUUUCGCUGGAGGAUUUUUGACUAUUCAUAAUAUCUACUUAGAGAUGCUCGGAGAAAUUUUCAAUUAUCUGAUUAUCAUUCAUACUGCUUCAACAUUCUUCAUCUAUUACAUUUUCUCGGAGAAGUUCCGUCAGAUUAUCAAAGGAAUUUGGACACCGGAACAAUAUCGUCACAAUAGUCUUCCAGACGGAACUUUAAAUAUUAGUGAAAGCAAACGAAGAAGAAUCAAUCGGCACGGGAGCAGUACGAAGAUAAUGUAUCAUACAGAAGGGACUAUUCUCCAAAAGACAACGUCAUCUAAGACUCGAUAUUCAAGAAUCUCCUCUGGAUAA